UAGUGGUGGGGCCCACAUGUUAGUUAAAGUAAAGAUAUUGACAUUAGUCCUAUAAGACACAUGAGACUUACGUAUCAAUAAGACACGAAAGGGUAUCACAUGUUUGGGGUGUGUGUGACAUCUCUAUUAGAAUCUGAGAGAGAUGGCAUAUACACCAAAAUAUAAACAAUAUACAUAAUUUUUCGUAAGACACAACAUGGUAUACCAUGAAACAUAGUGGGACCCACAUAUAGUGAGAAAUGGGUCAUGAAAGAAUGGGCAUAGAAAUUUUUUUUUUGGAACUAGAUUUUUCCCUCUAAUAAGCUGUCCAAAAUAAAAAUUUCCCCCAAAUUCAAAACUGAGCUCUUCUUCCUGUUUCUUUCAUGGCGGGAUACGAUCCUCCCUCGUUCUCCCUAGGACUCGAUCUGGGUCUCGAUUCGGAGCCCCAAAUAGCUCCGGACAAACACCCGACCCAAACACUGGCUCCCCAUGACGAAGAUUUCGGACCUGAGGUCAUGGAUUCGGAUCCUGAAUCCCGGCCUGAACCGCCCAGGAUCCUCAAGCGCCUCAGGCGAGGUCCCACCACCACCCCGACCACCAAAACGCCGUCGCCUCGUGCCGUUGACGAUGACAUUGAAGAUUUCUCCUCAGAAGACGAUUUUCUUAAAGAUGCACAUCCACCAUCACAGUACCAAUCUAUGUAUAGCAGUUCAAAGAUCCCAUUGCAUGGAAGUGGGGUCUUAACCACUAAAUCAUCUAGCCAGUUAAACACAAGGAAAAGGAAACAGGUUUCUGAUACCUCAGCUUCUGCGAGUUUGGAGACGAACCGCAGUGAGUUAAUAUUCCCAAGAUUAACUCAGAGUCCUCUUCGAAUGUUCCAGUUAAUUGAUUCUGACUCUGAUGAUCUGCCUAGUUGUGACAAUGUAAGCGGAGAAGUUCGUAAAAUUGGUCAGUUCUCAACAGGACGACAAUCUAACUCUGACCAUUCUGCAACUUUGAGUGAACAAAAGAGAAAAGAGUCAGCUAACAUAAAUCAAACUGAGGAUUUAUGGAAAGAUUUCUGUCCAACAAAGAGUUUUGGCAUUCCAACACCUGCUUUUGACGAGGUUUGUGAAGAAUACUUCCAAUCUUUGAAGGAUAAGAAUGUACCCCAGAGACCGAGUUAUGUAGGUUCUAGUAACAAUGAUGGCCAUCACGGUAACAUCCAAAAUGAUGAACAAGUAUGGGAUUCAGAUGACCCCCUUCCUCCUGCUCAUCACUAUUUUUUCCAUCAUGAUCCAAGGAUUCAGAACUUAGUCCGCAAUCGCUUACCCAACUUUUCUCCACUUGGUGUCAUUAACAACAGAAAAUAUCAGCAGCCUAAUGCAUCAGCUAUUGAUUACAUGAGACAAUUUAACAAUGAAGAAGCUUCUAAACGGCAGGCAACUCAGAAACUGAAUGUUGAGAAAAGCAGCACAAGGGGAAGAAAUAAAUUGAAAAAAUCAAAUACUGAAGAUGUCGUGCUUGCUUCUGGAGGCUGGAUGGACCCCAAACAGAAUGCAACUCAGAAAAUCAAUAUAAACAGGUCAACAAAGGGUAGAAGUAAAUCAAGAAAAUCACAUGCCAAAGAAGUUUCACAAGCUCCUGGAAGUUGGGUGGAACCAAAAAGCCAUGCUAGGACACCAAAGGAUGCUGGCAAAAGACGGGUUCAAGCAAAUGGCGAGUCUGCAGGUCAUUGGUUUACAAACUCAGAUGGAAGGAAGGUUUAUAUCAAUAGAAGUGGGCAGGAAUUGACAGGUCAAAGUGCUUAUAGGCAAUACCGGAAGGAGAGUGGAGCAGGGGGGUUUAGGAAGUCAAAAAAGAAAGCUAGCACCAAGAAGCGAAAAGGCUGAAGCACGACGCUCAAGGAUUUUAUCCAUUUAUUAGUUGCAACUUGUAGAAUGUACUUGGAGGACUUGCAUUGUAAGUGGUUCUAGUCAUGAAAUCCCUACUUCACUGUAGAAAAUCGUAAAAUGUAAAACUGCCUUUUACUGGAAAAUUGCUUCACAAUCUAAAUAUAUUUGA